CAGUAGAGUAAAUCUGGAAGUGUGAACGGGGAAUUAAUCAGUUUUGACACAUUUGUUCUUGCUUUGCGUGUGAGAUUUGUAUUCCUUGCAAUGAAUUAAUACAGGUGACUAAGAUAACACUCCUCAGUUCUACCAAAUAAGCUCCAAGAUCGCUGUGCAGGCUGGAAAGGAAAAUAAAUACAAUUAGGAUGGCAUUGGGAAGUAGAAAUGAUGCAACGAAUAACCGGUCUUCAAGUGAAGGAUCGGAAGAAGGAGAAAGGACUGAUACUUCUGAUGAUUAUUCGGAUCAGGACAGCUAUGAACCAGGAAACCACAAUGCACAGCCAACAAGUACUCAGUCCCCCAAUGAAGAAUCGGAAACAACUGUGUCUCUCAAUGAAGAAGCAGAACAGGAAGGUAUUGACAAAGAAAUGCACCUAAUGAAUUUGAACAAGUUUUUACAAAAGGGAGAUUGGACACAUGUUAAGUACUUGCUUGAGCUAUAUCCUGAUGCAUUAACAAAAAAGAUUUCUCUAUACGGGGACACGACUCUUCAUAUUGCGGCAAUAUCAGGACAUGUGAAGAUUGUGGAAGAGUUGGUUACUAUGACAAGUGCAAAAGAUUUGUUGCUAAAAAAUAACUUUGGUGAAACAGCUCUUUCCCUUGCUGCUUGUGGGGGAAUUGUAAAGGUAGCCAAACCUUUAGUGAGGAAGAACAUUGCCUUGCUAAGGGUUAGAAACAUUAAUAACCAUAUCCCAGUGGUUGUAGCUGCUCAAUUUGGCCACAUAGAAAUGGUGCGCUACCUUUAUUAUAUGACUCUAGAGGAAGAACUAGAUCCAAAGAGGAGUAAACAAGGUGCUAAGCUUCUUACCACUUGUAUUGUAGCCCAAAUCUAUGAUGUUGCAUUAGAUUUGGUUCGAAAGUUCCCAGACCUAUCUAUUACUAUACUAGAAGAACCUCCAGGUGGAACAUUAAACACACUGGCUACCAGACACUCUGCUUUCCCAAGUGGAACUCAACUUUCAUUUUGGCAGCGGUGUAUAUACUUAUGUAUGCCCAUACGUUCACAUGGCGCACCCAACAACUGUAGUGAUAUUGAAGCUGACACCGGAAGAUCUACCAAUCAAGAAAACAGCAUCAUACGAGAACUCAGGCAUUUGUAUGAAGUAGCAUGGGAUGUCCUAAAAUUCGCAGUACCCUGCACUAAAACUAUACAUGAGAUAAAGUUGAAACAUGCCCAAGUCCUUGAACUGCUGAGUUGCAUUUCUUGCCAAAUAUCGGCUUUAAGUCACUCCCAGAUAGAGAAGAGCGAAUUAUUUCAAGCAAUUUUCAAUGCAGUCAAGCACGGGAUCGUUGAGUUUGUGGAAGAAAUGCUCAAAGCUUACCCCGAUAUCAUAUGGGUACUUGAUGGUGAUAGCCGCAACAUAUUCUUAUACGCAGUUCUUCAACGGCGAGAAAAGAUUUUCAACUUGUUACACAAGACGGGGCCUAAGAAGAACAUGAUAGCAACUAGCUUGGACAAAGAUGGUAACUCCAUCUUACACCACGCGGCCAUGCUGUCGCCCUCUUCUCAUCUUGAUGGCAUUUCUGGUGCAGCUCUCAAGAUGCAAAGGGAACUCCAAUGGUUUCAGGAAGUGGAGAAAGUUGUUCAACCAAUGUAUAGAGAAAAGCAAAACAAUGCGGGCAAGACGUCUCGAUCUUUGUUUACUUCACAACAUAAGAGAAUGAGGAAAGAAGGGGAAAAAUGGAUGAAGGAGACGUCAACAUCAUGCACUGUUGUGGCCGCUCUUGUCGCCACCGUAAUGUUCACAGCAAUCUUCUCUGUGCCAGGCGGCUUCGAUGAGAAAACCGGCAAACCGCUUUACUUAUACAAGGAUUCCUUAAUGAUCUUCAUAGUAUCCGAUUCCUUGUCCAUGUUCUCUUCUGCCAGUUCAGUGCUCAUGUUCUUAGGGAUCCUCAAAUCACGCUACACUGAAGAUGAAUUCCUCGUGUCUUUGCCAAGGAAACUCAUAAUAGGCAUAGCCACCCUAUUCUUCUCGAUAGCCAGCAUGAUGGUUACUUUUGGCACCACCAUUUACAUAUUCCUCAGCCACCGGAUCUCCUGGAUCUCCAUUCCUGUUCUUCUGCUAUGUUGUGUCCUGGUUAUGAUUCUAGUGUUCCCCCAAGUCCCACUUCUCUAUGGGAUUUUCCGUUCAACACAUGGACCAGGCAUCUUUGAGGGGCAAAAGAGAAGGAAAAAGAAGAAACGCAUGCGUUAGAAAAGCUGUUUGAUUCAUUAAUCGAUUUCCUUUCUCCUAUUUCUUUCAGUACAUACCCAAUUACUUGAGUGUAUUAGCCAUCAUGGCAUAUCCAACACCCUAUUUUCCCUGGCAUGCCAAUGUGUCACGAAUUUUUUAUUUUUUCAAUAAUUACAGU